AUGAAUUCGCCGCAGCUUGAGACCGGCCUGACUCGGGCCGCUCGCUACUUGGUCCCCUUCGUCCUGCUGCUGAUUGUUGUCUGGAGGGCCAAGGUCAAUACCACCGUGCCGGAGCCAUAUCUGGACGAAGUCUUCCAUGUUGGUCAAGCGCAGGCAUACUGGGCCCAUAAUUGGACGCAUUGGGACCCAAAGAUCACGACACCGCCGGGUCUCUAUCUGUGGUCAUACCUGCUAUGCGCAACUCUGCUGUUUCUCCGUGGUUCUCCCAAAGAGGUCGGUCCAAGUGAAUUACGUGCUACCAAUGUCGCAGCUGCGGCCGUUCUUCUGCCCUGGAGGCUUCAAACCCUGUUGGAUUUGCUGCGAAAGGAGCGGAAUACGCGGCCAUCGGGGGCGUGGAUCAGCCACACGGUGCUGAAUAUUUGCCUGUUCCCGCCGCUUUUCUUCUUUUCUGCUCUGUAUUACACGGACAUUCUCGCACUCCUGGUUGUUGUCGAGGCUUAUAUUUGGGAUAUUAAGCGAUCUAGCGGUCCUGCAAGGAAAACAUGGUCUUCGGCUCUUCUGGGACAUGUUUCGUUACAAACAGCAGGUUUUCUUGCGUUUGGCUUGGCCGCUCUAGUCUUCAGACAAACCAAUAUAUUCUGGGUUUCCGUAUUCUUGGGUGGUUUGCAGGUUGUCCGGUUGCUCCGGGAAAAUGCAACGCCUUGCAAGUCUUUUGAUCUGGUUGGAAUUAUCAAGAAGGGUUCACAGAAGGAGCUUUAUGAUCCGCUUGUUGAGGAAGCAUCAUUUACUGAUUAUUUCAAGACUGCUCUAUCUUUACUGUCUGCUGCUAUGAGCAAUUUGCCCCUGGUGAUUGCGUCAGUUCUUCCUCACCUUGUUAUCCUUGCUGCCUUUGGCUUAUUUGUCCUCUGGAAUGGAGGAGUGGUAUUAGGGCACAAGGAGUUCCACACCGCGGGUUUGCACGUGCCACAGAUGCUCUAUAUUUGGCCCUACUUUGUAUUCUUUUCCUGGCCACUGCUUCUGAUUGCAAUCGCCAAUCUCAUCGUGCCCAGCCGAUAUCUCCCCAAGUUUUUCGAUUAUGGAUUCAAAAACAAGAACAGACUUCCGGGAAUAUUGACCGCUCUUGGGGUUAUCUCAUUUAUGCUCGUCGCUAUCCACUUCAACACCAUCGUGCACCCAUUUACCCUUGCGGAUAAUCGUCAUUAUGUCUUCUACGUCUUCCGGAUACUCACGAGAUACCACCCAGCGGUGAAAUAUGCCGUGGCGCCCAUAUACUUUCUCUGCGCAUGGGGCGCCCUCGCAGCGUUUGGCUUUUCCACACCUCCAGCACAGUCUCAAGUUGCCGUAGUUCCAACAUCCGUCAUCGACUCUGCUACCUCUCAGCAGUCACAAGAGCAGAAGAGCAAGAAGAAAGAGAAGGAGAAAGAGAAAGAAAACAAGAGGAAGAGCAAAGCAGUCACACAGAAGGCAUCUUCCAAGGAGGCCCCAGCGGCACAGCAGAGACGACAGGUGCUGACACCGGAGAUCAUUGAAAAGAUCCAGGCCCACAUCCUCCAGCGCCAGCAAAGACAGGAGCAACAGCAUAUCCGAGUCAGCUUCGUACUCGUCUGGCUCAUCUCGACCACCCUCUCACUCAUCACCGCGCCGCUCGUCGAACCGCGGUAUUUCAUCAUACCCUGGGUGAUGUGGCGACUUCAUCUUCCCCGCCAGCCGACGCCAGAGGCAUACCGCGUGCUGGAACAGCGGCGACCGGGGGUUCCCCGUGACGAGAAAGAAUUGUUCAAGGCCAAGUUCGCCACGGAUCUCCCAAAGGUGUUGGAGACCAUCUGGUUCAUCGCCAUCAAUGCGAUCACCGGCUACGUGUUCCUGUAUAAGGGGUUUGAAUGGCCCCAGGAGCCGGGGAAGGUUCAGCGGUUUAUGUGGUAG